CUCCGGAUGUAUGCCCUCGCCACUCAGAAGCUUCCAAAUACGAGGAGCGAGUUCACGCUAGUCAACCUGCUAGAGUGAUGCUGAAUUGUGCGGCCUGACUUCUUUCUAAAGCAUACUCCCUCUCUACUUGACUAGUAUAGGCAAAGUCGAAGUCAGCCAUGGCGUUACACUUGACUCAGUCCCAGCGAUUGCAGCUGGUGAUACUGAUUUCCCUGUCUUUCUUCAUCGCGGAAAUCUCCGUGGGCUUCUACACACGCUCUCUUGCCCUUGUCGCAGAUGCAUUCCAUUAUUUGAAUGAUUUGAUCGGGUUCAUUGUUGCAUUCACUGCUCUGAAGAUCUCAGCCAAAACAGAUUCGCCCCAGGACCUAUCCUUUGGCUGGCAGCGGUCUCGGCUCCUCGGUGCGUUCUUCAACGGUGUUUUCCUUCUCGCGCUCGGGAUCAGUAUCUUCCUCCAAUCCAUCGAGCGGUUCGUCUCCAUUCAGGUCGUGGAACAACCCAAGCUGGUGCUUAUCAUCGGCUGUGUGGGACUCGCCCUCAAUCUCAUCAGUGCCUCAUUCCUUCACGAACACGACCAUUCACACAGCGAAGUCCUAGGAGGAACGGAGCUCCGAACAAAUGCAGAAAGUGGCACAGCGCAGGUUUUCGCUCUACACGACAACCAUCGUCACAACAAUCUCCAACCAUCAAACAAGGGCUAUGACCUUGGCAUGCUCGGCGUCCUGAUUCACGUGCUGGGUGACGCCGCCAACAAUGUUGGGGUCAUCAUCUCGGCGUUGGUGAUAUGGCUUACCACGGCCCCCGCUCGCUACUACGCCGACCCCGCUGUUAGCAUGGCUAUCGCCAUCGUCAUCCUCACAACGUCCAUACCGUUAGUGCGCAGCUCGGGCAAAAUCCUCCUUGAAAGCGUUCCCAGCGGGAUCAACCUGGACGACAUCAGACAUGAUCUUGAGACGAUCCCGGGUGUCCUCUCUGUCCACGAACUACACGUCUGGCGGCUGAACCAAGAGAAGGCCUUGGCAUCGGUCCACGUCGCGAUCGCGAAGGAGACCGUGUCCGAGUUCGUCCAGAUCGCCCAGACCAUGAGCGAUUGCUUCCACAGCUAUGGGGUCCACUCGGUGACCGUGCAGCCCGAGCUGGGGUCGACGACUCCCGUGCCUGCCACGCCGACGGGGGCGGCUGGCCAUCGGGGCGAUGGGCCACCGCUGUGCCAGGUCAAGUGUGGGACUACGUCCUGUGAAUUGCUGACAUGCUGUGGCUAAGGUCGGAAGGGCUUUUCUCGUCCCAUGGACCGAGUCGACCUAGCGUUCGCUGGAGGGUAAGCCCUCACUAAAUCAAAGAAGAGUCUGUGAGCACGGCUUGAUCGCUGGCGCAUGCGAUCAUGGCCGAUUUUCGAUUCCGUUUGGUUGAACUUGCACUUCCUUUUUUUCGACC